GGCCAGCGGAGCCACCGCGGCGCAGCCGGGAGAGCCGCGGGCCGCACGGAGCCAUGGACGGACACACGGACAGCUCGUGGCUGGGAGCCCCCCUGGAGCAGCUGCCCACCCCGGCACUGACCCUGGACCAGGCCACGCUGCGUGGGAACGCCGAGAGGAUGCGGGAACGCUGCCGGGCCCUGGGGCUGCGCCUGCGCCCCCACGUCAAAACACACAAAACCCUGGAAGGCGCGGAGCUGGCGACGGGCGGGACCCGCCGCGGCAUCGUGGUGUCCACGCUGGCCGAGGCUCGCUUCUUCGCGGCCGGGGGCUUCGAUGACAUCCUGUACGCCUUCCCGGUGCCGCGCUGGCGCCUGGCCGAGUGCUCGGCGCUGGCCCAGCGCCUGCAGCAGUUCCAGGUGCUCGUGGACAGCCCCCAGGGGCUGGAGAUGCUGCUCCAGAACCCCCUUCCCGGCGGGAAGCGCUGGCUGGUCUGGCUCAAGCUGGACUGCGGGAAUGGCCGGGCCGGGAUUCGUCCCACGGAUCCCGAGGCGCUGUCCCUGGCUCGGGCCAUCGCCCAGGGCUCCCCGGAGCUGGUGACACUCGUGGGGGUCUACGCCCACUGCGGGAACACCUACGGCUGUCGCGACAUCCCGGCCAUCCAGGCCAUCGCCAGGGACACCACGGCCGCCGUGCUGGAAUUCGUCACCGCGCUGCGGCAGGCGGGGAUCCCGUGUCCCCAGGCCACCAUCGGCUCCACGCCGUCCUGCAGCCACCCGGUGCCGGAGAUGUCGCAGCUCACCGAGGUGCACCCGGGCAAUUACCUCUUCUACGACCUGCAGCAGACCCAGCUGGGCUCGUGCCGGCCCGAGGAGGUGGCGAUCCGUGUCCUCACCAGGGUCAUCGGUCACUAUCCGCACCGCGGGCAGCUGCUGCUGGACUGCGGCUGGGCCGCCCUGAGCCUGCACGGCCGCGACCAGGGACCCCCGGGCUGUGCCGCCAUCGAGGGCCACCCCCAGCUCAGGCUGGUGGGGCUGACCCAGGAGCACGGGCAGGUGGAGGCCGUGGAUGGGCAGCUGGAUUUCGAGCGAUUCCCGCUGGGAAGCACCUUGGCGCUCAUCCCGUUCCACGCCUGUGCCACGGCCGCCAUGCACCCCGUGUACUUCGUGCACGCUGCCGGCAAGGUGGUGGAGCUCUGGCGCCCCGUGCGCGGCUGGUAGAGAGGAGAGAGAGGAGAUUCCGGGGGUAUGCAGCCGCACCCGGACCCUGCACCCACCCGGGCACCCUGC